AUGUACAUAUAUGAUAUCGAACAAUCUGCCUGGACUUCAAAUUCUACUUCUAACCAACCUAUUUUUGGUCAUCAACGUCAUACAGCAACUUUAUUGCCUGAUGGACGGAUAAUUAUGAUUGGUGGAGCCUUUAGUUCAGAUGUAGGGCAGGUAGCAACAAAAAAUAGAUUUAUUCCCCCCAUUAAUUUUCACUCAGCAACUCUAUUACUCGAUAAUCAAAGUAUACUUAUAUAUGGCGGUGUCAAUCAAACAGAAUAUCAAUAUUCUGGUCUAGCAGUUCUGAAUUCUGUAAGCUAUGUGUGGACAGUUAUAUCUCCGACUGGAAGUGCACUAUCUUUUCUUUCAAUCGGCCACAAAGCUACACUCUAUUUUGAUGUUAUAAUUUUUGCAUUCGUUAAAUCCAUUAUCAAUAACUCUCAUUCUCUUAUGGAUACCACAUAUAGAUGGGUAGAUUCAUUCACUCCUCCUCCAACUCUUUUGAAUCCGGAUGUUCAGACCUCAAACACAAAUUUAAUUAUUUUUGUGUUUAUUAUUGGUGGUAUUGUAUGCAUCGUAAUAUUAGUAUUACUUGGUUUUUCUGCUUACACACCCGCUCGUGAACUUUAUAUAAUUCAAUCACCUUCAACGGAUUCAGUAAAUGCAAAUUAUAUUCAAGAUACGAAUUCAACACCAUAUAUGAGAAAAUGGCAUACUUCUGUAAUUGAUCAUACAAAUAAGAAAAUGUAUAUUUGGGAUUUGACAACACCCACCCAAGGCGACGGAACCAUGCACAUAUAUGAUAUCAAACAAUCUGCUUGGACUUCAAAUCCCACUCCUAACCAACCUAUUUUCGGCCGUCAACUUCAUACAGCAACUUUAUUGCCUGAUGGACAAAUAAUUAUGAUCGGUGGUGCUUUUAGUUCAGAUGUAGGGCAGUAUAGAUGGGUUGAUUCAUUCACUCCUUCUCCAACUCAAAACCAAACUUCAAACUCAAAAAUAAUUAUUAUUGGAUCUGUGAUCGGUGCUACU